UUUUCUCUUCAUAGUCGCUGAGAUAGCUCAAGAUGGAAUCGCCAGAUUAGCAGUAGGACUAAAAGACGAUACCAAUCUUCAGGAAGCUGAAGCUUCAAUCACGAGAAGAGUUUUUCCUUCAGUGGGGAUUCUACCUGGUAAACCAUUUCACGUGACUCACAGACGAGGCAGAGAAUUACAAAAGGUAUACGAUUUUUUCGUCGAAUUAAGACAGAACGUUUCAAGCUCCACAGUCAUUGGCUUGUACAUUAAAGGUCCUCCCGGUUGUGGAAAGACACAACUAGCAAGACAGGUUGGAGAAGAGUUUAUGCAAAACAAUGCACCUGGGGGAUGUUUCGAAAAUAUGCCUCGUGUCGUCGCUACGUUGCAAGCGAAUAGCCCUGAGUCAAUGUUACAAUCAUUCAAAGAGUUACACGAGAAGUUAGAAAUCCCUAACGAACGCGAAUAUCAAGGAGGUGUCCGCGAGCAGAUCAAGAGUUACGUGGAAGAUUUUAAGAACUACCUUCGUAGAACAAAAUCUGUCUGGCUUUUGAUCGUUGAUAACCUAACAGUCAGUGAUCAAAUGAGAGAAUUCUGGCCAUCUCCGGAACAGGAAAGCUCAUGGGGGGAGGGAACAGUCUUGGUUACGACCCAGGAUUCUGAACUCGCCCCCAGAUCCCACGCACAUGCCAGGGUAAUCUCGCUGGAUUCAGGGAUGGAAGAGGAAGACGCUAUGGAAUUGUUACGAGUGAUAUCUGAAAUGGAUGUGGAUGAAGAUGCUAAAAAAGUCGCUAGCGUUCUUGGCUAUUUUCCACUGUCUCUAGCUUGUGCAGCAGUUUAUGUCAGGCAAAUGAGUUUGGAUCGCCCGGUUUCAAAGUUUUCUUGGAAAAACUAUCUGUCGAACCUCCAAGAGUACUUCGCAUAUCUUGAUCAUUCUGAUUUCACGCAUCACAAUCCAUGUUAUCCGCAGUCAAUGAUACGAGCAGCAGAGUUCGCAGCCAUACGGAUGGCCGAGAACAGCGAAGUUCUCCGGGCUGCCUUCGUGUUCCUUUCGUACUGCUCCUUACGACCCAUUCCGUUGGACACUGUGGCUGAUUACGUCUUGCGCGAGGCUAAAGCCAGUGGUAACGUUAACAUUAGAGUGCCUGAUGACGUCAAGCUAAAAAUAGCAAGGUGUUCUUUGCUAAUAUAUCCGAAAACAGGUGAAAGAGGAAUCGAAGUGGUUACACUUCAUCAAGUAAUGCGGUUGGCGUUCUCUCAGAUCAGACGAAAACAAGGCAAGUCGGGAAAAAAUGUCGAUAAAUGUGAAGCUACUAGUGAGAAGAAAAAAGAGUUGAGUGGAGUACUUCAAGCCUUAAACGAAGCCUACAAAUCAAAGAAAGGUGGGUUAAAAGAGCAUGAUCUUGCCAUAAGGAUUCUACUGUGUCCACACUUGAAAGAGUUUGUUGAAGAAGUAAAAGUGGUCCAGUGGCUUGAAGAAGAUUUACUUGUAAAGGCGUUGGUUUACCUUGCAGAUGGUCUCGUGCACGUUGCCGGGGUAACCGACAAUUACCGCGUGGCUUUACUUGAGCGCGCUUACAAGAUCAACAAACAACUGGGUUGUACUGAUAUCACCGCAUGCAGGUUGCUUCACGACUUGGGUUACACGUACCGUGAGGCGGGCUUCCUGGAUAAAGCGAUUCCGAUUCUGGAGGACGCCAAGAAGCUCUGCGAGACUGAAACAGAUCCCAUAUGGAUGGAAGAAAAAUCAAAGGUCUUAAAUGUUCUUGCGUUUACGUUUCGUGAAGGUUCUCAGCUGGACUUAGCAAAGAAGUACAUGAAGCAAUGCGUUGAAGUGACCCGGGAGGCUUAUGGGAACAGUCACGUUGAGCUGGUUGAGAGAAUGUGUAACCUUGGAAUCAUUUUGCAUGAUAGAUGGGAAAACGAUGAGGCUAUACAAGUCCUGGAGGAGGCCAGAAAAAUUAUUGAAAAUUGUGAUUCGACUGAGAUGUUCCUUCGUGGCCAGGUGUUGAAUUACACAGCUAAAGUCCAUCUGCGCUGGUAUCUUGGCCUGCGUCACACGCAUCCACAUGAGCGCAGCACCAACAUGCAUCUGAGAGAAUCGGCCACGCUACACGCGCAAGCGUUAAAAAUCUACCUAGAUCUUCACGGAGAUAAUCACAAGUUCCCCAACGGAGUUAGGAUGACAUACGGAACAGCAAAACUGCAUUUAGGAGACAUUGACGAAGCUUACGAGAUGUGUCAGAAGGCCGUUGAGGUAUACAGAAGCUCAGGACAUAUUGCGUGGCCGCGUGCGGGUACAUUCCUCGCAGACGUCCUAUUCACCCGUGGGGAAUAUCGACGCGCGAAGGAUUUUCUGGAAGAGCUUGUACAAGUUCAUAAGGAUAAGAACCUCGUAGUGAGUCCCGGUGCCUAUCAUCCUAGGGCUCUCUUGGGUGAGGCUUUUGUGCACGUUGGUGACAUGGACGCUGGAGAGAAGAUCCUGGACGAAUGUCUACAAGAGUGGAAAAAGAAAGGAAUUCAUCCAGAACAUUACUGGGUAGCUCGUGUGCAAGCGUUUCUCACAGAUCUAAGAUCACGAGAGUCGAUGAAAUGCAGCGGUCAAAUCUUCAAUGAGCUGCCCGAUCAACUGAAUUGAAGAAAGAUUUUAUGAGCGCUUCAGAAACAUACAUAAGCCGGUAGAGUGGCUAGAUUUUUUUUUUUAUCUAUGGCAAGUUUGUCGUCGACCUUCAACUAAACGUUAUCGUGUAGGACACAAUUCAGAAACUAGAACGUAUCCGAUAUACUUUCGAUGUUCUUCUUAAAUGUAAUUAUCUCGCUAAAUGCAACCAUCUUCGGUAGAAGAAACUUUUAUGAACUCUUCUCUACGACAGAGUGAACACUUGUGCACAUGCACGUACAAGUCUAGCGCCGCACUUUGUGGCGUUUGAAAAGUUUUCGUGGCUUUUGUUUUAUACUUACCGUUAGAGUUUUCUAGAAAUUCUUUCAAUUCAAUUUGCCAUAAAAAGGAAUGCUCAACUACUUUGAAAUAUCUCAAGAACAGAGAAUCAGAGAAUCGAACACAUUUAGUCUUUUAUAACUACUUGUAAAUCUUUUGAUAAGAAGUACGCUUGUGCAUGCCUAAAUAUAGCAACUACACUUCUGAAGGUCACGAUACAAAGGCUAACUUUGCAUGGUAAACUUCGUCAUUAGGCGAGUUCCCUUAUGGUCUGGUAUCUAAGACUAAGGAGUUUUCUGAACAUUACUGUAAGUUUACUUUCCCAUUUAUGACUACAUUAGUUUUGCAUCCGGCGCUUAACCAACGGCGCGGGGCGCUUAUGCGUAGAUAUAAGUACCUCAAAGUCUUCUCUUUGUACGCCAAGAACUAUCAUCCUUUUACGGGAAAUAAAAUCAUUUCCAAUUAGCCACUGAGCAAAAGCGAAGGGCGUUAACAAUUCGCGUUAAGGUAGGAACAGAAGGCGAGAAAACUCGCGGAAAUAAGAAUUUUAAUGGACUUCAUCGACAGGGAUCAGCUGAAAUAUAGAUUUGAUCUUCUUGGCUAAGAAAGCAGGUCAACACAGCACAAGUUUGCGUAAAUGUGAUUAGUUGAAAAUGGAUUUAAUCUGCCUAAGUAGAAAACACUCUGUACUUUAUACGAAAUUAACAAAGUGUCUGGUAUAUUGAAACAAAUAAAUUCGCACGCAGUAA